AUGUCAUCAUUUGCCACAGCUGAAGUGUGCGAUGCACAUGCAUCCCACCUAGCAAGUGGUGAUCUGCGGGCCCUACAACCCAUAUUCAAGAUCUACGGGCAAUGUCGGGCCUUUUCAGGGCCCGUAGUCACACUCAAAGUGUUUGAAGAUAACGUGUUGGUUCGAGAGCAUCUCGAGUCCAAAGGAGAGGGGAGAGUUCUUGUGAUUGAUGGUGGUGGUAGCAUGAGAUGUGCACUUGUGGGUGGCAAUUUAGGCCAAUUGGCCCAAAACAAUGGGUGGGUUGGGAUUGUGGUCAAUGGGUGCAUUCGUGAUGUUGAUGAGAUCAAUGGGUGUGAUAUUGGGGUUCGGGCUUUGGCUUCGCAUCCUCAAAAGUCGUAUAAAAGAGGUAAUGGUGAAAAGGGUGUGCCGGUUCAUAUUGGUGGGACUUUGAUUCACGAUGGGGAGUGCUUGUAUGCUGAUAGCGAUGGGAUUCUUGUCUCGAAAACUGAACUGUCUUUAUAA